CUCUGUUCUCAGCGUUCAUCAACAAACUGAAACUGUGACUUUAGGUGAGGCUGACCUUGUUUUGGUUUUCAAGGCGGAGGGGGCGUGCAUGUGCCGGUGUGGGCACGUGCCUGUACGCGCGUGUGCGCGUGUGCCGGGGGCAAAGCGCCUCUGUUUGCCCUGCAGCGGGCUGUUCAGUCUUGAAGCCGCCUGGCAGCCUUAUCAGCGCCGCGCGCACUUCCUGGUUCUCCCCGCCGGAGACUCUUCAACUUCUCACCGAGGGAGGCACCGAGCCGCGACACGCGCAGUCCACGCAGGACCCGGACCUCCUGCACACACUCAGCCCGGGAAAGUUUCUGGGAACAGGUUCGCGUUUUUGUUUUCAUGCAUUACCCCGCAGCGGGUCCGAGGAGCGGCUGCAGCUGCUGAGAUCUGAACCUCUGGUCCCAGCGGACCCGGGUCCGAGGAGAGCGGGUCCGGCGAGCCAGGCAGGCCGGCGCAGGGAGCCCCAUCUGCGGCUCCACCUGCAGGAUCUCCCCGCUGCUGGAGGCGCCUGAAGCGGCUGCAGGAUGUCAGACUCUGCCUCCAGCUUCCUCCACAUCGGAGACAUCGUGUCUCUGUACGCGGAGGGUUCGGUGAACGGCUUCAUCAGCACGCUGGGGUUGGUGGACGAUCGCUGCGUCGUGGAACCGGCUGCUGGAGAUCUGGAGAACCCGCCCAAAAAGUUCAGAGACUGCCUGUUCAAGGUGUGUCCGAUGAGCCGGUACUCGGCCCAGAAGCAGUACUGGAAGGCCAAACAGGCCAAGCAUGAGAAGGACAAGAUCGCCGACAUGGUUCUGCUGCAGAAGCUGCAGCACGCGUCCAACCUGGAGCAGAAGCAGAACGAGACGGAGAACAAGAAGGUCCAUGGCGACAUCGUCAAAUACGGAACCGUCAUCCAGCUUCUUCACAUGAAGAGUAAUAAAUAUCUGACGGUGAACAAGCGUCUGCCGGCGCUGCUGGAGAAGAACGCCAUGCGCGUCACGCUGGACGGGACGGGGAACGAAGGAUCCUGGCUCUUCAUCCAACCAUUCUGGAAACUCCGGGCCAACGGAGACAACGUGGUUGUGGGAGAUAAAGUCAUCAUGAACCCGGUGAACGCCGGCCAGCCGCUUCACGCCUCCAACUACGAGCUCAGCGACCAUCCAGGCUGCAAGGAGGUCAACUCUGUGAACUGCAACACGAGCUGGAAGAUCAACCUGUUCAUGAUGUUCAACGACCACCGAGAGGAAGUCCUGAAAGGAGGCGACGUCGUCCGACUGUUUCACGCCGAGCAGGAAAAGUUUCUGACCUGCGACGAGUACAAGAGCAAGCUGCACGUUUUCCUGAGGACGACUCUGAGGCAGUCGGCCACAUCGGCUACCAGCUCCAACGCCCUGUGGGAGGUCGAGGUCGUCCACCAUGACCCCUGCCGCGGGGGGGCGGGGCAUUGGAACAGCCUAUACAGGUUCAAACACCUGGCGACAGGAAACUACCUGGCUGCCGAGGAGAACCCGGGUUACAAAGGGGACAACCCUGAGCUGUCGUCCUCGAUGGACGCCAGCCGCAGCAGCAAGCGUUUCCAUGGCGAACGGAUCAAGUACAAGCUGGUGGUGGUUCCCCACGGCAACGACAUCGCCUCUCUGUUCGAGCUCGACCCGACGACCCUGCAGAAAACCGACUCCUUCGUCCCGCGAAACUCUUAUGUGCGGCUGAGACAUCUGUGCACCAACACCUGGAUCCAGGGCACCAACGUUCCCAUCGACAUCGACGAGGAGCGGCCCAUCCGGCUCAUGCUGGGAACUUGUCCCACCAAGGAGGACAAGGAGGCCUUCGCCAUCGUUUCCGUUCCUGUCAUGGAGAUCCGCGACCUGGACUUCGCCAACGACGCCAGCGCCAUGCUGGCCACCGUAGUGGACCAGUUCAACGCCGGCUUCAUCAGCCAGAACGACCGCCGGUUCGCCAUCAAGCUUCUGGAAGACGUGGUUUUCUUCGUGGCCGACGUGGCCAACAGCGGCCAACCGGUUCUGGACGUGGUCAUGUCCAAACCCAACCGGGAGCGGCAGAAACUGAUGAGAGAGCAGAACAUCCUGAAGCAGAUCUUCGGCAUCCUGAAGGCUCCCUUUAAGGACCGCGGUGAGGACGACGGCCCGUUGCUGCGCCUGGAGGAGCUGGCCGACCAGAAGAACGCUCCGUACCAGUACAUGCUGCGGCUCUGCUACCGGGUUCUGAGGCACUCCCAGGAUGACUACCGCAAGAACCAGGAACACAUAGCGAAGCAGUUUGGAGUGAUGCAGAGUCAGAUCGGCUACGACAUUCUGGCGGAGGACACCAUCACCGCUCUCCUCCACAACAACCGCAAGCUGCUGGAGAAACACAUCACCAAGACGGAGGUGGAGACGUUCGUCAGCCUGGUGCGCAAGAACCGGGAGCCCCGGUUUCUGGACUACCUCUCUGAUCUGUGUGUGUCCAACAACGUGGCCAUCCCCGUCACCCAGGAGCUGAUCUGUAAAUGUGUGCUGGACCCCAAAAACCAGGACAUCCUCAUCAAGACGGAGCGGCGGGUCCCAAAAGAGGCUCAUCCUGGAUCCGUUCAGGGAGAAUAUCUGGGAAUGGACGACUACGGAGACGAGGACGAGGUCUGGCUGUUGUGGACGGAUAAGACCAACGAGAAGCAGGAUAAGAGCAUCCGACAGCUGGCCCAGGAGGCCAGGCAAGGAAACGCUCACGAUGAAAACGUCCUCACCUACUACAGGUACCAGCUGAAGCUCUUUGCUCGGAUGUGUCUGGACCGCCAGUACCUGGCCAUAGAUGAGAUAUCCAAGCAGCUGGACGUGGAGCUCAUCUUCCUCUGCAUGAUGGACGAGACGCUGCCCUUUGACCUCCGGGCUUCUUUCUGCCGCCUCAUGCUGCACGCACACGUAGACCGAGACCCUCAGGAACUCGUGACGCCGGUGAAGUUCGCCCGACUCUGGACCGAGAUCCCGACCUCCAUCACCAUCAAGGAUUAUGACUCCAACCUGGACGACAGCAGAGACAACAAGAAGAACCGUUUUGCGAACACCAUGGUGUUCAUGGAGGAGUACCUGAACAACGUCCUGAACGAUGAGCAUCCGUUCCACAACGAGGAAAAAAACAAACUCACUUAUGAGGUGGUGAGUUUAGCCAGACAUUUGAUCUACUUUGGUUUCUACAGUUUCUUUGAGCUGCUCAGACUCACCAGGACUCUGCUGGGCAUCAUUGACUGCAAACCGAAUCCUGCACACAGCAGCAUCCCGUUUCAGGAGGAAAGCUCAGGGAGGAACGUAAGGCGCACCAUCCAUGGGAUGGGCCAGAUGAUGUCCACCAUGGUCCUCAGCCGGAGGCAGUCCACGCUCGGCGCCGGGCCCAGGGUGGCCGGGUUUGUGCUGGAGGGACAGAAAGGCAGCAAGGAUUCGAUUGACAAUCUGGAUCUAACGGUGAUGGACACCAAGCUGAAGAUACUGGAGAUUUUACAGUUCAUCCUGAACGUUCGGCUGGACUACCGUCUGUCCUUCCUGCUCUCCGUCUUCAAAAAGGAGUUCUUGGAGGUUUAUCCCACGGCUGAAGCUGACGCCACCACUAACGUGGAAAUAGCAGCCACCGUCAACCUGCAGCAGAUCGGCGACCAGGCGGAGGCCAUGUUUGGAGUCGGGAAGAUGAACAGCAUCCUGGAAGUGGACGACGAAGGAGGCCGGAUGUUCCUGCGGGUUCUGAUCCAUCUGACGAUGCACAACUACGCCCCCCUGGUGUCCGGAGCGCUGCAGCUGCUCUUCAGGCACUUCAGCCAGAGGCAGGAAGUGCUGCACACCUUCAAACAGGUGCAGCUGCUGAUCUCGACGCUGGACGUGGAAAACUACAAGCUGAUUAAAGCCGACCUGGAUCGCCUCCGCACGCUGGUGGAAAAGUCGGAGCUGUGGGUGGAGAAGAAGAGCUCGGGUGGAGGAGACGGGAAGAAAGACAAGAAGGACAAGAAGGAGAAAUUGGAGGGGGCGUCAGAGGGCCCAUCGCCAAAGAAAGAGAAGCAGCAGAAAGGAAACGAGAACUACCAGAACGUCAAAGAGAUUCUGGAGCGGCUGAAUAAAAUGUGCAGCUCUGGAGUCUGGAAGAAGCAGCAGCGGCUGCUGAAGAACAUGGGAGCUCAUAAAGUCAUGCUGGACCUGCUGCAGGUUUCCUACGACAAGAACGACGCAAAGAUGCAGGAGAUCAUCAAAUACACUCACAUGUUUCUGCAGAAGUUCUGCAUGGGGAACCAGGAGAACCAGGCGCUGCUGCACAAGAACCUCAACCUGUUCCUCAACCCCGGGCUGCAGGAGGCCGAGACGGUGCAGCACAUCUUCAGCAACAACUACCAGCUGUGCAGCGAGAUCUCAGAGAGCGUGCUGCAGCACUUCAUCCACUGCCUGGCCACGCACGGCCGCCACGUCCACUACCUCAACUUCCUGCACACCAUCAUCAAGGCCGAGGGCAAGUACGUCAAGAAGUGCCAGGACAUGAUCAUGACCGAGCUGACGAACGCCGGCGAGGACGUGGUCGUCUUCUACAACGACAAAGCGUCGUUCGCCACUAUGCUGGAGCUGAUGGCCGAGAGCAGGGAGGGCGUCCGGGAGAACAGCCCGCUCAGGUACCACAUCUCUCUGGUGGAGCUGCUGGCCGCCUGCGCCGAGGGCAAGAACGUCUACACCGAGAUCAAAUGCACGUCGCUGCUGCCGCUGGAGGACGUGGUGCGGGUGGUGACGCACGAGGACUGCAUCACCGAGGUGAAAAUCGCUUACGUGAACUUUGUGAACCACUGCUACGUCGACACCGAGGUGGAGAUGAAGGAGAUCUACACGUCCAACCACAUCUGGACACUGUUUGAAGAUUUCACCGUGGACAUGGCGCGGGUCUGCAACAAGCGAGAGAAACGACUGAUCGACCCGGUUCUGGAGAAAUACAUCAUCAACGUGGUUUUCGACACCAUCACCGCCUUCUUCAGCUCUCCUUUCUCUGAGAACAGCACGUCUCUGCAGACUCAUCACACCAUCGUGGUCCAGCUGCUGCAGUCGUCCGUCCGGCUGCUGGACUGUCCCUGGCUGCUGCCGCCUCACCGCGGACAGGUGGAGGCCUGCAUCAAGACGCUGUCGCUGACAGCUAAGAACCGCUCCAUCUCUCUCCCUCUGGAGCUGGAGGCGUUGAUCAACAACCUGUUGUCCAGCUUGGCCGUCAACACCCUGAACCGCUCCGCCUACAAGACGCCGACACGCAGCACCAGACCCGUCCCCUACGACUACAAGAACAUCAUCGAGAAGCUGCAGGACGUCAUCAACACCCUGGAGGAGCGGCUGAAGCCGCUGGUGAACGCGGAGCUGUCGGUGCUGGUGGACGUCCUGCACCAGCCGGAGCUGCUGUUCCUGGAGGGAAGCGACGCGCGGCAGCGCUGCGAGUCCGGCGGCUUCAUCUCCAAGCUGAUCCAGCACACCAAGGCGCUGAUGUCCUCAGAGGAGAAGCUGUGCAUCAAAGUGCUGCGGACGCUGCAGGAGAUGCUGAUCAGGACCCUGGACUUUGAUGAAAAGGGAAUUCUGUUGCGCAAAGUUCUGCUGCAGAACUACCUGUUCUCCAACAGGAAGAGCAACCAGAAGAACGACCUGGCUGAACUGGGAGCCACAGGUGCCGAACAGGAGCGCGACUGGGGAGCGGUGGCGGCCAUCCAGUGCCGUCUGGACCGGGAAGGAGGAACGAAGCUGUUCACCGACCUGGUGAUGAGCUCCAAGAACGAGAAGAUCUUCCAGGAGAGCAUCCAGCUGGCCAUCUGUCUGCUGGAGGGAGGCAACACGGAGAUCCAGAACUCCUUCUACAAACUGAUGAUGGGCGACAACAAGUCGGAGAAGUUCUUCAAGGUUCUUAAUGACCGGAUGAAAGAAGCUCAGAUGGACAUUAAGGCAACGGUUUCUGUAAACGUUGGUGAAAUGACGCACAAGGCCAGUGAGAAGGAGCUGGAGGCCGGAGGACUUCCUCUGAUGGUUCACGGUCAAGGCAUCGCCCCGGUAACAGCUGCUUCCCCCGCCAUGCCGACCCAGCAGGCAGAGGAGCAGCGGGAGGUCGAGGCGGAGAUGGGACCAGCAGUCACCAUCAUGAAGCCGAUCCUGAGGUUCCUGCAGCUGCUGUGUGAGAACCACAACAACAACCUGCAGAACUUUCUGCGUUGCCAGAACAAUAAAAACAACUACAACCUGGUGUGUGAGACGCUGCAGUUCCUGGACAUCAUGUGUGGAAGCACCACCGGCGGGCUGGGCCUGCUGGGCCUCUACAUCAACGAAUCAAACGUCCACCUGAUCAUCCAGACCCUGGAGACGCUCACAGAGUACUGCCAGGGCCCCUGCCAGGAGAACCAGACAUGUAUCGUGACUCACGAGUCCAACGGCAUCGACAUCAUCACGGCGCUGAUCCUGAACGACAUCAGCCCACUGUGUCGGUACCGGAUGGAGAUGGUUCUGCAGCUGAAGGACAACGCCUCCAAGCUGCUGCUGGCGCUGAUGGAGAGUCGUCAUGACAACGAGAACGCUGAGAGGAUCCUGUUCAACCUGCGACCGAGGGAACUGGUGGAUGUGAUCAAGAAGGCGUACCAGCAGGAGAGCGAGGAGGAGGAGGAGGACCAGGUGGAGGCGGAGGUGUCGUCGCGGGAUGUGGGACACAACAUCUACAUCCUGGCGCAGCAGCUGGCGAGACACAAUAAAGUUCUGCAGAACCUCCUGAAGCCGACCAAGAACAACAAGGAGGGCGAGGAGGGCAUCUCCUCCAUGCUGACCCUCCAGAGCCGUCCUCUGUCCCAGAUGUUGAAGUCUUCGGCUCCAGCUGAGGUUGUGGAUCAGGAUCCUCUGGAUUACUACGACCAGCUCACGGCUCAGAUCGAGAUUGUGCGUGAGGACCGCAGCAUGGAGCAGAUUGUGUUUCCUGUUCAUCCCAUCUGCGAGUUUCUCACCGAGGAGUCAAAGCUCAGAGUCUUCAACACCACGGAGCAGGACGAGCAGGGGUCAAAGGUCACACACUUCUUUGAGCAGACAUCGUUCCUGCAUGGAGAGAUGGAGUGGCAGAAGAAGCUGAGGAGCAUGCCGGUUCUGUACUGGUUCUCCAGGAGGAUGACUCUGUGGGGAACCAUCUCCUUCAACCUGGCCGUCUUCAUCAACCUCAUCAUCGCCUUCUUCUACCCCUACGACUCUGGCCAGGGAGCGAUCGAUGACUCCAUGCUGCUGAUGCUGUUCUGGAUCCUGACCGGGCUCUCCGUCCUGGGCUUGGUCUCCAAGCAGUACGGCCUGCAGCCGCUCACGCUGGCGCUGAUCCUCCGGUCCAUCUACCACCUGGGCAUCGGGAACACGCUCAUCCUGCUCGGAUCGCUCAACUCCAUUAAAAAUGCCAACUCGGCAUUAAUGUGUCAUUAUUUACAAAAUAAUGCAAAGUGUGUGUGUGCCAUGGUGAUGGAUGUGGAGUUCCUGUACCACCUGGCCUACGUCCUCACCUCCACCCUGGGCCUCUUCGUCCAUGAGCUCUUCUACAGCAUCCUGCUGUUUGACCUGAUCUACCGGGAGGAGACGCUGUUCAACGUGAUCAAGAGCGUGACCCGGAACGGGCGCUCCAUCCUGCUGACGGCGCUGCUCGCCCUCAUCCUGGUCUACCUCUUCUCCAUCCUGGGCUUCCUGUUCCUGAAGGAGGAUUUCAUCAUGGAGGUGGAUCCGCUGCUGCAGCUGUCUGCUGACCCUCAGCACACCGAGGCGGCCCAGGACUUCCUCAAGUCGUGCUCCACAGACGGAGUCAGCUGCACCGCCGAGGCGAGCGUGGAGACGGUGGCGGAGGAGGAAGGGGAGCCCAGCACGGAGCGGGCCUGCGACACGCUGCUCAUGUGCAUCGUCACCGUCCUGAACCACGGCUUGAGAAACGGGGGAGGAGUGGGAGACGUCCUCCGUAAACCAUCCAAAAACGAGCCGCUGUUUCCGGCGCGCGUCGUCUACGACCUGCUCUUCUACUUCAUCGUCAUCAUCAUCGUCCUCAACCUCAUCUUCGGCGUCAUCAUCGACACGUUCGCCGACCUGAGGAGCGAGAAGCAGAAGAAGGAGGAAGUCCUGAAGACCACAUGCUUCAUCUGCGGUCUGGAGAGAGAUAAGUUUGACAACAAGACGGUUUCGUUCGAGGAGCACAUCAACCUGGAGCACAACAUCUGGAACUACCUGUACUUCAUCGUUCUGGUCCGGGAGAAGAACCAAACGGAUUACACGGGUCCAGAGAGCUACGUGGCCCACAUGAUCAAUAACAACAACCUGGACUGGUUCCCACGGAUGCAGGCCAUGUCCCUGGUGGUAACCGACGGCGACGGGGAGCAGAACGAGAUGAGGAUGCUGCAGGACAAGCUGGCGUCGACCAUGAAGGUGGUGACGACGCUGACGGGCCAGCUGAACGAGCUGAAGGAGCAGAUGACGGAGCAGAGGAAGAGGAAGCAGAGGAUGGGCUUCGUGGAUGUCCAGGCCGGAGCGAGCGGCACCGUGCCGCCGAGCGCCGCCGGAGGAAACCAUCAGAUCUACAAAUCCUAAAGAGACUGAUCAGCUUCCAGCUGGACUGAUGCUGCUGCAGGAGCAACACCACACGCACACACACACACACACACAAAACACACACACACACACACACACACAACACACACAACACACACACACACACACAACACACACUGCUCUGAUGUGACCCUCUGUAGUGUAAAACCUGCUGAGUUGUAAAGAUUAGCAGCAGAUUGAACAGUUUGUGCUUCAGUUUGUGCUGCUUUUAGUUUUUAUGUCAUAAAUUAUUCUGAUGCAUUAAAGGAUCUUCAGGAGGCUGAAGGUCCGACCCGGUCCAGACACUGAAGGAGGUUCUGUUCGGUCUGAGUGGAACAUUAUUAAACUAAAAUCUGUUUGUUUUAAUGUAGAAACAAAAAAACGUUGAAGUUCUGCGAGGAAAAGGUUUUUGUUGUAAAGGGAAGUUGUGGCUUUAGAUCAGAUCAUGUUGAAAUAAAAUCCGUUUUCUGUCCUCUAA